AUGGCCUCGCCGCGGUCCGGUUCACAUCUUACGACAAUUCGGCUCACUUACCGCAUUCUCCCCCUCACCCGGUCUCUCAGCGUGUUACGAAGCCCUUCCUCUUCUCAAACCGGUGCACUCUCUGAUGCCAGGAUCAAUACCACCAACGUUCAAUUCCUGCCGAACACUCCAGCCGUUCCCGGAACUGCCUUGAAAAAUUCAAUUUCGCUCUCCUCCGGCUUUUGCCCUCUUUUGUCCCUUUUCGUUGGCGAAACGCUUUUCCAGCUCACCAAUGCCAUCCUCUAUUACUCCCGAUCCAUCCACCUUAUCACAGGUGGCGAGCAUUGUCUCGACCCUUUCCGCAACCGUUCCCUCUCGACUCCGACUCCUCUCUAUAUUUGA